UAUUUACAUUUUCAUCGUAUUUUGUAUAUUUAACGUGUUUCGGUAGUUCUACAACCUUAAUUUCGUACGCGAAAGAAGUGAUUCAAAAUUAAUAGGAUUAAAUUUAGUUAAUUUUAGUCCGAGAAAAGUGUGUGUUAGCCAUGUCUUGGGACCCGAUACACAAUCAGUCUCCUACAAAAACUUUGGCGCCCCUCUGCUUGUCAAGGAUCAAGAGAGACUUGGUCGCGAUCCACAAUGAUCCUGCACCAGGUAUUCACGUUGUGGCUGACGAGCAGGACAUCACGUUAGUACACUGUCUGCUCGUAGGACCCGACAACACACCUUACGAGGGUGGCUUCUUCUACUUCAUCGUCAGGUUCCCGCCGAACUACCCCAUCGCACCUCCCAAGGUCAAACUGAUGACCACUGGCGGGUCAGAGGUCAGAUUCAACCCCAACCUCUACAAGGACGGUAAAGUCUGCCUCAGCAUCCUCGGUACAUGGGAAGGUCCUGGGUGGAGUCCAGCCCAGAGUCUGACCAGCGUCCUCAUCUCCAUCCAGAGUCUGUUGAACGAGAAGCCUUACCACAACGAGCCCGGAUACGAAAACGGUCGUUCUAGUGUAGUUGAACGAUACAACCAGCUGAUACAACAUGAGACUCUGAGAGUAGCAGUUGUUGGGAUGUUGGACGACGAUUACUCGAUUAACCUGCCUCAGCCACUUCGACAAGUCAUGGAGAACUACUUUGUCAGUAACUACGAGACUUACACCGCACUGAUCGACAGCAGGAUUCAUCUUAACGGUAAAACAUUGAAGGAUAGAUUUCAGGAUUAUAAGAAAUACAAGUGUGACUAUGAGCAAAUACGGAAGAGAGUGCAAAUCAUUUACAAAAGAUUGCACAGUGCUGGAGUGAGCCUUUCGCAAAUCAAAGAUUAAACGUUGCACAGUGACGAUUCAUCGUCUUCUGAUUAGCGUGACGAAAAUUGGUAUUUGGGCUGACUUGGUCAAACAAACGGUAUUCAAACAUCAGAUCAAUGAAUGUGAGGAAUAAAUUUACUGUAAACAGGUUUACUAUUUCACUACCGCUGUUUUACGCACAUCCAAUAAAUACGUGCAAUCAA